AUGGAGCAGUCGGACCUGCCGCCUACUGUUGAUCCUGGUGAUGGUCCCUCGGCGUCGCACAGGUCUGGCGUGCCGAUAAAGAAGCCGCGCAUAGAUCAACAGGAGUUGCCUUCAUCGUCAUCCGUCACAUCGUCGUCCACGCAAACAGACACGGCUCCACAGCAGCAGACGACGUCCACCCAGACACAUUCCCAAGUUUCUUCGUCAGAGCCACCGCUGCCGCUAUCCUCGGCGCAAGCAACACUCACCACCAUGACAGGUCUGCAGCAGCAGCCUAUGGUAUUCAUUCCACUGGGACCACAGACCAGUCUGCAAGACAGCGUGACGUCCGCCUUGCUCUGCCGAAGCCCGUGCGCGUGUUGUGUGACAUGUACCACGGGCAUGUCGCCGCCCUUCACGCAAGCAUUUGCUCCAACAAUGAUCCUAGACCCAUUUGCGGCGGCGCAAGCAACACUCACCACCAUGACAGGUCUGCCGCAGCAGCCUAGGGUAUUCAUUCCACUGGGACCGCAGACCAGUCUGCAAGACAGCAUGACGUCCACCUCGUCUACACUCCUGGAUACGGGCGUUAUUGUCUCAAAUCCAUCUUUCGGAGCACCGCUACCGACACCGUUGAACCUUCUUCCGUUCUUUCCUUCGUUAGCUCCCGUAGCUCCCGUGCCAAGACCAAUUUUAACAAAGCCAGCUAGCGCGGAAGCCCAAUCUGACCACGUGCAGCUGGCCCCCGAGGGCGAUCUUACCACGUCGCUACCAGCCGCGAGACAGGAACAGCCACCCCUCACAGCACUAACUGCUGCGACUCCUGUUCCUGGUCCUACGACGUCGGCUCAACCACCAAAAACGGUAGAACAAACGAAAGAGGGGGAAAUCUUCGUCACGGAUGUGGACGUUUCUGCCACACCGCAAACGACACCUACAGACCAACCGAGCAGACGCCGACGAACGGUUGCACAACUUCUCGGCACAAGCCCAACGCCGAACUUACGACUUCCCAUAAAGGAGCCAAGUACAAUUUUAACAAAGCCAGCCAGCGCGAAAGGACAAUUUGACCACGUGCAGCUAGCAACAAAGGGCAAUAUGACCAAGCCGCCACCAGCCGCGAAAGUAAAGCCAAGCGCACCACUGCAUCCGCCCAAGGACUGUUUUCCCACUUCUCACCAGCACCGAAACUCAAUUUGA